AUUAAAAAAAAGAGACGCCAUUUUGGAUUAGACGUGUCGUGUUUGUGGUCGUGUCGUCGCAGCGUCGGGCCUUGAUUUAGCUAAAUAAAACUAUCUGUCUAUUGCUUCGUACAGAAAAUCAGUAUAUAAUAGUUGACGAAAGAUUAUGCAUAUGCACGCCAUGAAUCAAUACGGCAACCGAGGCUUUGGAGGACCACCGCAGCCCCAGAGACAAGGUGGCCGUCGUGGAAACAACCGGGGAUUUGGCGGUGGUGGCAAUUUCCGCAACAAUUCUAGAUUUGAUCACAAUCAGCAGAGAAACCAAAAUAAUCAAGGGGGUCAACGACCUCAGAAUGAGUCAAAUCCUCCGCUGGCUGCCGAGAAGCCACAGCAGCAGGCGCAGCCAGUUCAGCAACAGCAGCAAGCUCAGACUCAGCCUCAGAAACCUCAAACUCAGCCACAGAAACCUCUAACACAGCCGCCUAAACCCCAGACACCGGCUACGCCAAUCCCGGCUCAACAACAACAACAACAGCAGCAGCAGCAGCAGCAGCAGCAGAAGCCUGCACUCACUAUACCAGCUAAGAUAGACCCUAAGGACAGUGUUGAUAAUGCUGCUCCGGAGCAGAAAGUUCCGCAACAGAAUCAACCUCCACAGAACCAGAAUCAGCAACAAAAGUCGCAACAACAACAGCCACAGACACAGCAGUAUCGCCUUCAACAAAAUCAGAAUCAAAAUAAUAUGAAUGGAGGCUAUGGUGCCAAUAAACAAGGUGGCUGGCAAGGAGGUAUAGCUAAUAAACAGGGUGGUCCAUUUGGCCAAAAGAGACAAGGUGGUCCUGGAGGACAAGGGGCAGGGGGCCCACUUCAGGGACAACAAGGUCAGGGACAUCAAGGACAGGGACACCAAGGUCAAGGACAACAAGGUCCAGGACAUCAGGGUCAGGGACAAGGAGGGCCAGGACGUAAUCAGCAGCGAGGGGGUCGUGGACCAAUGGAUGGAGGUAAACCAAUUCAAAGAGAAGAACAAAUGCUAGCAAACAAACUAAAGGACUUACAAGGACCAAUACUGGACUUGCCUCCACUUGACCAGUCUGAAGUGAAGUUCAAUGGAAGAAGUCGUUUGUACAUUGGCAAUCUCACCAAUGAUGUCACUGAAGAGGAAAUAUUGGGCAUGUUUGGUGCCUAUGGAGAAACUGCUGAGUUGUUUCUUAAUAAGGAGAAAAACUUUGGAUUUAUUAAAAUGGAUUACAGAGUCAAUGCCGAAAGAGCAAAGCAUGAAUUGGAUGGUAAAGUCAGGAGUGGCAAACCUCUCAGGGUUCGAUUCGCGCCUCACAACAGCGCUGUUCGCGUGAAAAACCUUCCGCCAUUUGUCUCCAAUGAACUAUUAUAUCGUGCGUUUGAAAUCUUCGGCAAGAUUGAAAGGGCUUAUGUGAAGGUGGAUGAGAGAGGGAAGAGUCUUGGAGAAGGCGUGGUCGAAUAUGUACGCAAGCCAAGUGCCUUGGCGGCGAUUCGUAACUGCACUGAGAAGUGCUUCUUCCUUACAUCAUCACUUCGCCCCGUCAUUGUAGAGAGCUUUGAAGAGCCAGAUGAACUGGAUGGCUACCCUGAAAAGAACUUGCCUAAGAAACACCCCGAAUUCCUCAAAGCUCGCGAGCUGGGGCCGCGUUUCUCCGAGGCUAGCAGCUUUGAACACGAGUACGGCACGAGGUGGAAACAACUCCACGAAUUACAUCGUCAGAAGGAGGACGCCCUUAAGAAAGAACUCGCGGCAGAAGAAGAGAAGCUGGAAGCUCAGAUGGAGUACGCUAAAUACGAGCACGAGACCGAGCUGCUCCGCGAGCAGCUGCGGCAGCGCGAGCAGGACCGCGAGCGGCAGAAGCGCACGUGGGAGAUGGCCGAGCGCGCGGCCGACGAGCGCCGCGAGGCCGAGCGCCAGCAGCUGCUGCGCCAGGAGGAGGAGUUAUCCACGCGCAUGCGCCAGCAGGACGACGAGCUGCGCCGCCGCCAGCAGGAGAACACCCUCUUCGUGCAGGUUCUGCCCGCCCAACGGCUGAACUCCAUGUUGGAUCGUCAGGAGCAGGGCAUGUUCGACCAACAGAAGCCUAUGGACGGAGGCUACCGAGACCAGUACGACAUGUCACGCGGAGGCUAUGACGACAUGCAGGGACGCGGUUGGGACAACCGCCAAAUGGAUGAUUACCCUAACAAACGUCGUCGGUUCUAAUCACAGCGUCUUAAACACUCGUGGCAUCACGUAUCACGUCUUAGUGAAAUAUUGCACAUUUAUCAUCUGUGCGGGAGUUUUCAGCUAGACAAAUUUUGGGGGGUUGACAUUUCGUAAAUCUUUAUUUUAUACAUUUGAUGUAAAUGUAUUUCGUACAAAUGUAGUGUUUUCUUGACCGCGUUCACUAAGUUCCUUGGUCGAUGAACAGCCCUAUGACGAUUUUAUGACGAUUAAAUUAACAACAAACUUUUUCUAAAAUCUGCCCAUAAUUUGUUCUGGCUGGCGAUAGUUUUGAAGUCACAUCAUUUAUUCAAUAACAAUAUUGAUCACAUUGAAAUGUAGGUUUAACGUAAAGUAAUACAUAUUUUAAUUAAUAUGUUAGAUUAAAUAACGCUGAGAUUGUUUUGUUCGGUUACGGUUGUUAGGAAACGAUCGAAAGAUUAUUUAUUGCCAAUUUUUUUUACUUUCACAAUAAUUCUCCAUAGAAGGAAUAUUGCAAAUAUAUAUAAUGUAUUGGCAGAUAACUGACUGUCAUAUAUUUAAAAAUAUCAAUAUAUUAUCAAUACAUUGGCAGCAAUCAUGACUGAAACGGUAAAAGACAACACUCAGGGAAAUGAGUGCAUGCAUAGUUUUGUUACAGUAUGAUACGAGCUAUUUUGGAUUUUACUAAUUACAUCGAGUACUGUCUCGCUUUUCAAAUGUCAUAAAUAUAUAAAUAUCAUUCUACACACCGGCGGAAAUUCUUAUAUUUAUUCUUGUAUGUUAUUUAUAUAUCCACUUAACAGUUCUUAGAUCUAAACUUGCUAUAUAACCGCUACUACCAAAUAUAAGAAACAUACAUUCAGAAUGUCACUUGUAGCAUUUUUAGAAGCAAAAUUAUAAUAAUGUCGUAACGUAUGCAAGUUAUUUUGACCUAAACGUAACAGUGGAAAAAUCCAUAUCCAAAUCUUUGAUUAA